AGGAGAUAACUGGGCAGGGGAAAGUCAGGAACAGCCUGGAGCUUUUCCUCCUGGGGAAGGCCGUGGUGUCCUGGAGCUGUGGGGAGUGCCAGGAAUUGAGAGGAAGGAGGAUGAGGUGUAUUAAACCUAAAUGAGCAUAGCUGGGAAGUGACUGUUCAUGGUAGUGAGGUGGUUUUCAGUGGGACAGCAAAGAGGAAAAUGAGAUGGAAGGAGGAAGUGAAGCAGGGGAUCCCUUUGCUGCCCACCACCAGCACGUGAGGCAGAUGAUGAGGAGCUUCUGCGAGCCUUUUGGGCGGGAUCCAUUCCUGAGCCUGCCGGAGGGAGCCGAGAGAGCAGCCGAGAGGAGGGAGAGGAGAGCAGAGGGCAGAGCCCAUCAGGACUCGCAGGUGGCCCUGAGGGGCUCCCACAGGGGCACCAGCUUCUCCCUCAUGCCCUUUGCAGGUUUUGGGAGAGGGCAGGAUGUAGAUUUUGGGGAUCCAUUUUCUGCAAUGGACAGGAUGAUGUCAGACAUGAGGAACAGCAUGCUGGAAAUGCACAGGAAAUUUGAUGACCUGUCCAUCCAGCCCAGUGGAGGGCACAGUUUCAGCUCCUCCUCCAUGAUGACCUAUUCCAAAGUGGGGGAUGAACCUCCCAAAGUUUUCCAAGCCUCGGCCCAGACCCGCACGGCUCCAGGAGGGGUUAAGGAAACAAGAAAAGCACUGAAGGAUUCUGAAAGUGGCCUGGAGAAAAUAGCCAUUGGUCACCACAUUCAGGAUCGGGCUCACGUCAUCAGAAAAUCCAAGAACUCCAGGACUGGGGAUGAGGAGUUGAACCAAGAAUUCAUUAACCUGGAUGAGUCUGAGGCUGAAACCUUUGAUGAGGAGUGGCAGAAAGAGAUCAUGAAGUUCAGGCCUUGCCGAAGCAGGGAAGCUGUGGAAAACCCAAGAUCCAGAAGUAUCCAAUACAGCCCCAGGGAAAGAGGAUCAAGAAGAGAGAAACCACUUGGAGCUCCAGGAUCCAGAAUGCCCAGGGAUUCCUUGGAGACUCUCAGUGUGAAAGGAUCACACCUCCCCCUGAAGGGCUCCAGGAAAUAACUGUCCCCAUUCCCUCGGGAUGGAGAUUGCCUGGAGCAGUGAUGGUGCUCAGUGCUCGUGUCCAUAAAAUACACCUGGAUUUGUGACCAAUCUCUGUUCUGUGUUGUGCCUUUGCUGCUCCUGCCUCUGAAUGUCUCCCCACUGAAUUCAAACCCAACAACUUUCUGCCUAAAAGCACUUUAUGGAACAUCUGCAAUCCUGGUAAACCCAGCUUGGAUUUGCAGAGUUGUUCUGCUCCAGCUGCACCAAUCUCAGGCUUCACUGAGCCUGGUACUGCAGCUCUUCCUUCCCACUCUUAAGAUGCACAAAAAGUAAAUUUUCUUUAUUUUGGGUUGCUGAAAGGAUGACUGAUUUUCUAAAACUUGAAUACACUAUAAAGCACUAUUAUUUAUCCCUUUAAAGUCAUAAAUUGUUACAGAACCCCCACACUCCCCUUGGUGUAACAUGAAGUGAGAGGAAAUGCUGAAAUAUGGCAGUACUUAAAUUUAUCAGAGUUUUUAUGUCAAUAAGCUGUGCUUGCACCUCAUUUCCUGUGCCUGAACUGUCAGCUUUGUAUUCCUGAUCCUUUGUUUUCUGUGGAGUUGGCUCAUCAUUUUCCAUUUUGAGGAUUGUCUGUAGUGUUUAAUUGCUUUAAUUAUCCUGUAGUAAUAAGUGUCCUGAGAUCAGCUGCAACUAGGUGUUACUCAUGGGAAAAAAAAGUGGGAGAAAUGACUUUAAGUGGAAUGAUUUCACCAUUUCUGUGUUCUAAAGAGCCCUGGACACAGGAACCCCUCUCCUUUUUGUGUUCUUUGUGUUUUACUGAGGGUAGAAUGACCCCAAAUCUACAUUUACUGGGAGUUUAGAAGAGCCAGCAGUGUCUGAGAGCAGGAAAAUCCUGGGAUUUUUCAGGCCCUGUGCUGUUCUACUACACAGAAUUAUCCCUGUGGAUAAUUCAUAAUUUACAGAAACUUACAGAUAACUUUGCAGUAAAUUAAAUAACAUUAAAUAAUAUAAAUUAAUUUGAUGACAUUAAAGCAUUAUAUAAAUUCGAGGCUCCAUUAUAAUGUAGCCUUUAAAAGUCCUGUUUGUAUAAUAAAAUAGGGUUUAGUAAGCUAAGAGUAAUAUUUGUUUGGCCAAAAAGCCUCUAAAUCAUAUUUAAUCUUCCUGCAGUUUCCCCAGAUUAUUUAAUUUUAAUUAAUGUUCAUUAGUGUGCAAACCCAGUCAAUUUUGUUGAGCUCUGAAAAGAGAAGGACAAUUAUUUGCUUGUGGUUCCUUCCUGAAUUAGAGAAGUAUCAGUGGGAAUAAGCUGUUGUGAUCAAUAUUAAUGGCAGUAAUUGAACCAUUAUUUAAUGAGCAGUGAAGGUCAGGGGGGCUUGGACACCCCUAAAAGUCAGAGCUCAACCACUGGAGACAACGUGGAUUCUGCAAUUAAUUUAUUCGAUUAUCUCAGUAAUUAACAGCAGCAAUGUUUUCUGUGCUGGAGUUUGAGCAGGAGUCUUGGAGAGCUGCUGCUGUCAAAUGGAAAAUUUGGGUUUUUGUGUGAAAUAAAACAAGGGUUUUGAAAUUACAAUGGGAAGAGGUGAAUAUUCCCUCCCGAUCCCUUUGCUACACCAAGACUGUUCUGUGUUAAGACACAAGCUGUGCUCUGUAAAACCAUCUGAAACUGCAAUUCUUUAAUAAAGCUAUUUAUUAUUUA